AUGCGCGUGCGCAGAUUACCCGGCUGCCCGCCCUGCCGCAGUGCCAGUCCUAAGCUCUGCGGGUUGAUUGCCGCUACCCCCACCCCUCCCGCAGUCCUGGGCUGCAGCCGGUCGCCUUGGGGAACCACCGACAAGGUGGAAUUUUGUAUCUGGAUACGAUGCAGGGACACGGAACCAAAGCUGCCAGUAUCCACACAAGCAGGAGGGGUGGAGCCCAUGGUCCUGGGGGGCACUGCUCCACCCAAAGUAAAUGAGGUCACCCUCACCCUGUGGAGUCGGCACAAGUCUGGGCAGAAGGCUACGGCUGGUCUGGUCAACACUCAGCUGAAAACCGAGACAGCAGCAUUUGCAAAAGACAGGAAGGAACGCGGGCCUGGACCCCAUCAUCACUACCUAGACAAUUCAGGGAAGGAUGCUCAGUACCUCAGAUGGCUAGACAAUGAAGCCCAGUGCGUCAAAGAGGUCCCGAGGAUGUCUAUCCCUACACCAGAGCUCUCGCAGACAAAGCAGAAGGCCCAUAGAGGCACUGUUUGA